AUGCUUGCCGAUGCAUAUGACUUUUUGUUCAAACUACUUAUUGUGGGCAACUCUGGGACAGGAAAAUCAUGUCUGCUACAUCACUUUUUGGAAAAUCAGUUUCGAAAAGACUCUGUGAACACAAUAGGAAUGGAAUUCGGAACACGUAUUAUUCAUAUUGCUGAUAAGGCUAUUAAGUUACAGAUCUGGGAUACGGCUGGCCAAGAACGAUCAUUGACAAAAAGUUAUUUUCGUGGGGCAGCCGGUGCAUUAGUCGUAUAUGAUAUUUGCAAUAGAGAGACAUUCUUAGGGAUUCGAUCAUGGUUGAACGAUGUACGACAAUUAGCCAAUCCAGAAAUGGUGAUGAUUCUGGUUGGUAACAAAACUGAUAAAGCGGAUGAGCGUGAAGUAUCCUAUCUAGAAGCAAGUCGAUUUGCACAAGAACAAGAAAUGAUGUUCCUGGAGGCAAGUGCAUUCUCUGGUGACGGAGUGGAAGAACUGUUUUUCAAAUGUGCAAGGUCUAUUCUCAGUAAAGUUGAAACUGGUCAAAUUGAUCCCGAACGUAGUGGUAGUGGUGUCCAAUUUGGUGAUUCAAGUUUACGGCGGAUGACUCAGCGGACAAGGACUAGGAAAAAAGAAAGAACAUGUUGUUUUUCAUGA